AUGAGUAUGCCUUAUCAAUAGACAGGAAAUCAAAUAGAUUAUUAAGAAAUCAAGUAAACUAAGGCUGAUUUAAAGGCAGAAGUACACUUCAUAGGAUAGAUUGUGGGUGGUCUUGAUUUUCAAACAGAUGAUGGAUUAUUUUGUGAAUUGGCUAUAGAUUGUGGAGAUGGAUGGGACUUAUUGCAACCAGGAAACAAUAAAGGAAUUCAAACUCAAACAAGUUAUGCAAAUCCAGGAUAAUUAUUCUCUUGGGGUCACCCAUUUGAUUUGCACUUUUCAGUAUCAAAUAUAAUUGGAUGGCCUAAAGCUUUAUUAAAAGUGUGGAGAUUAGACUCAUCAAAUAAAAUAGAUGCUUGUAGUUAUGGUACUGCAUUAUUUCCAAGAAGUGCUGGUUAUCAUUAGAUUACAUGUGAAACAUGGACUCCAACUGGAGAGAAUUUAGAUCUUGAAGUAAGAAAACCUAAUGAAGAUUUGGCAACUAAUACAGAUUAAUUCUCAAAAUUUGAUCGAUCCUUAGACUGGAGAUUUUAGGCCUUGUCCUUUUACAUGGAAAAUCUGCCUAGACUGACCACGUUGGCACCAUUAACAACUGAUAAGGGAGACUUUGCAAGGAGAAAGAUUUUAAAUAGUAUUUCAAACGGAAGAGUAAUAAUUGAAGUUGAGGUGGUAAUGAAGAACUUUAAAAGACUGAGCUUUUCAGGAUAAUGAAUUUUAUUGUGAUUUUGAGAGUUCUUAUGUUUAAUUUUAUUUUACUUAAAAAUUA